AUGGACCCAGCAGACACGGACAGCCUCCGCCAUGCAAUUGCCAAUCAAGGUGCCCUCGUGGGUCAGCGUGACCAGACUCUUCGCGACAUUAUGGAAACAUUAAGGAACCUCUCAGUUGAUGUAGCCCGGAUUGGAGCUCAUGUCUUCACACAACUCUCUCCUUCAACUCUGGCAGACCAGCCUAGCCCUGUUGCUCCUGUGCCUCAGGUAACUCAACUCACUCAUCUUCCCAGAGAGUCACAUGUCCCAGCACCAGAGCGCUAUGCAGGAGACCUAGAAAGCAUCAGCCCAUCUGCUUUGGUGGGAUACAGAAGCUUUGUUGUUGACGGUGACUUUGAGUUCUGGGAUACAAAAGCAAACUCGACUUCACCACCUGAUGUGGUUAAAACAACACGUGGGGCAACACUUGGUAGUUCUACAAAGGGUGAGACUCCCAUGCCUCCCCUGAACAUAAAUUCCUACAAGAGGCUUCCAAUAUGGGAUUUUGAAGAUGUUUAUAACCAGGAUGCCCCACCCAGACCGCAAACUUGUUCCCAGUCUCUGCGAAACUCAGAGGAUGAAGGCUUCAAGGCGGCUUUCCUCAACAUGAGCGAGUGGAACAGGCUGUCACAUUUUAACAACCCUUUUGGUUUCAUGGGUUACAAGUACAAAGACGUAAUGGAGGCAGUGAAGUUGAUCCCAAAGCCAAAUGAGCCACUAUUACCUCCCAAGCCAGGGAGCAAUGGGUGUGUGAGCUGUGCUGUGGUGGGCACAGCAGGGAUCCUCAAUGGCUCUAAGAUGGGGAAAGAGAUCAAUGAUCACGAUUAUGUUAUCCGGAUGAAUGGUGCGGUCAUUAAAGGUCAUGAGGAGGAUGUAGGAAAGAGAACUGAUAUAUAUGUCCACACAGCCCACUCCAUCACUGCAUCAAAGUAUUUGUUCAGGAAGUACGGCCACGCAGGUGCCCCUUCUGAUGAGGGAAUAAAAUACGUGAUGAUUCCUGAGGGAUUGAGGGAUUAUUAUUGGGUCACAGGUCUUCUCAAAAGACAGAGGGUUGCGUCCGGCUUAUUUCGCAACCAUCGGCCAUGGGCGUUCUACAGCGAUCCGUUUGAGGAGAGUCGCUUUUAUGUUCUGCACACGGAUUUCCUCAGAUACAUACGAAACAGGUUCUUAAAGUCUAACAAUGUGAACGCUAAAUUCUGGCCGAUUGUCAGACAGACCAACGGGGCAUUUACUCGCUUCUUGGCUCUGCACACAUGUGACAGUGUGAGCACGUACGGAUUAAUUACAGAGGACUUCAAGAAAUACAACAACAACUACUACUUUGAGAACAAUGUUAAAACACAUAUCAUUUUCUUCAUCAACCGUGACUAUAUAUUGGAGAAGAAUGCAUGGAAAAAACUUCAUGACACCAAAAUAAUGAGGCAUCCCCAGUGACA